AGUCCCACCCCCCCGUGUACGGCUCGCCACGUUUCGUGUGGCUCGCAGCCACUCUCGGUCUCUGAACUCGGUCAACGCUCGUUCCUUUUCGCAUUUUGAUUCUUGGACAACGCCAAGCCGUGUUCAGCGUUGCCCACCGAAAGAAUGGCAGUGUUUGUAAGUCCUAUUCGGCCCCAAGGUUCCACCGCCUGUGUGCUGCUUUAGAUGAUGUUCGGGUCUCCGCAGCACACCACAACAUGCACCGCGGUUCACACAGCGAGGUCCCAACAUCGCGACCGGCCGCAAACAGGACUCGAACCUUCCGCCCGCAAGCUGGCUCAACGUAGUGCACACUCGACAACAACAACAACGACGACAACAACAAAACUACAGCGAUCUUGGCAGGAGCGCGCGUCUCAUCAUUCCGUGCACCCCCCCCCCGCUCGCCAGCCCGAGACGAUCAUCGCGUCCCCCGUCUUUCUAGUCGUGCGGUGACGCCAGCAGCCGCCCGCUCCUUUGAUGGUGGUGGUGGACGGUGCCUGUGAUGGGUGGACCCCGUGUGUGUGUGUCCGUGUGUUUGUUCCGCACUUAAAAGCCGAGGCGGGUUCGAGGUUGCGCCACACGGACGCGUGAGCGCAAAGGGGUCGCGGGGCACGGAUCGGAGCUGUGGGCAAUCGUCCGUGCUGGCCCGGCAUGAAAGGGCAGAGCUAGCGGCAGCAGCAGCACAGAGCGGCGGACAGGUCGCGUCCCACCGCUGAAUCGGACAUGGAGGUCAACUCGUCCCAGCUGUGGGAGCGGAACGGCAGCGGCGACGGAAUUGACGUGGGGCGCACGGACACUGCCCAGACGGUGACCUACGACCGCAGCAGCCGCAUCGCCACGCUGGCCACGAUCUUCGCGCUCUCUGUGCUGGGCAACGCGAGCGUCCUCGCCAAGAUCGCGUGCGGCGCGGCGCGCGGCCGCCGCAGGGCCCGCCGCGUGGACGUCCUCUUCAGCAACCUGGCAGCCGCCGACCUCUGCGUGGCCCUGCUCACGCUGCUCUCGCAGAUGGUCUGGGAGGCCCUGGAGGACGCGUGGCUCGGAGGCGACGCGUCGUGCCGCGUGCUCAAGGUGGCCCAGAUCUUCGGCCUCAUGGCCUCGUCCAACAUGAUCGUGGUGAUCGCGCUGGAGCGCCACCGCGUCAUCCUCUACCCGUUGGAACCUCCGCUGCCGGCGCGCCGCCUCUGCCUGUCGGCGUGGCUGUGCGCGCUGCUCCUCUCCGCGCCGCAGGCUCUCGUGUUCCGCGCCGUCCACCCGGACCCCGCGCAGUUCUCGCUCUCGUCGCCGCCGUCGCCCUCAUCGCCGUCGGCGCCGUGGCCGCCGUCGCCCUCGCCGUCGCCGGCCGCGUCCGGACGCUGCGUCAGCACCUUCUCCGAGCUGCCCCGGUGGCACUUCCAGGCGUACAUCAUCUACGGCGCCACGGCCGUGUUCAUCGUGCCCUUCUGCGUGCUCUGCGUCGCCUACACGCGCAUCCUCUACACCGUCUGGAGCAAGGAGCGCCACGCCUCGCCGGCGCGCGCCGCGCCCGGCACCCCGGCCGACUCGCGCCGGAGGCCCAGCAACGGCGGCCGCGCGGCCAAGAGCCCGGCGGUGGCGGCGCUGCGCGUGAAGCCGGCCAACAGCGCGCUCCCCCGCGCCAAGGUGAAGACGCUGAAGAUGACGCUCGUCAUCAUCCUGCUGUUCAUCGUGUGCGGGCUGCCCUACUUCGUGCUCGAGAUGAAGUUCGCGUUUGGCAGCGCGUCGCGCGCGGACGAGCAGGUCACGGCCGUGCUCGGCAUCUUCGUGGCCUCCAACUGCGCCGUCGACCCCUUCGUCUACCUCUUCUUCAGCUCCGACAACCGCUACGUGCGCUACCUGGAGACCAGCCUGUGCUUCGCGUGCCUCCACGCCAGGGGCCGCGGCCGUCGCGGCGGGGCCGCCGGCCUCGGCGGCGGCAGCGCGGCGCUCGCCGACGGCCGCCGCCGGAGCCGGCAGCAGGGGCACGCCGACGGGCGCGCCGGGCUGCGCCGGGACCGGCAACGGGACCGCCUGCGCCGCGCGAGCCGGCGGCCCGGCGCCGCCGUCGGUUGGACGCUGGGGCCCGCGCUCUGGGGCUGGGGCGGCGGCGCCGCCUACUCGGAGGCCGAGCGGGGCGCGCCGGCGGGCCGGUGGAGCCGAGGGCGCCGCGGGGAGCCGUCCAGCUCGUCGUCCGAGCUGGAGAGCGCGGCGUGGUACGGCACGUCCUUCUCGCUGGGCCAGAGCGAGGGGCGAUCCGCGAGCGACUACUCGGUGUGCGAGAGCAGCUUCUGA